AUGGGUUCUUCAUCUAGUUACAGGCCAUUAAUGGUGAUGAUCACCUUGCAGUGUGCUUAUUCUGGGCUUGUUCUCUUCACAAAAACAGCUUUUACAGGUGGAUUGAGCCCCAGGGUACUUGUUGUUUACAGACAAGCUGUGGCCACUCUGAUCAUGGUCCCUAUUGCUUGCUUCUCAAGAAGAGGAGGAAGAAGGAGCAUUAAUCCAGGUAGUGGUGGGGUGGUUUCAUUGACAUUGGAAAGCUUCUCUUGGAUAUUUGCUGCCGCAUUUUUCGGAGUGACGUUGAACCAGAACGCAUAUUUCGAAGGGAUCAACUUGUCCAAUUCCACCGUUGCAAGUGCGAUGACGGAUCUCAUCCCAGCAAUCACUUUUCUACUAGCAGCAAUUUUGAGGAUGGAGAUUAUUAACAUGAGAAGCUUGAGGAGUGGUGCCAAGAUUUUGGGGACUUUCAUAUGUGUUUGUGGAGCCAUGGCCAUGGCUUUCCUCAAGGGACCUAAGCUCUUGAAUGAUUCUCCAUUCAUGGCUUCUUCGGAUGAUAAGGAUUGGUUGAUGGGAUGCCUUCUUCUAUUUGCAGCCAGCUUCUUUUGGUCUUUGUGGUUAAUUUUUCAGGUUCCAAUUGCAACAACAUGUCCUGACCUCAUGUAUUCGUCGACCUGGUUGUGUUUCCUAGCUACGUUGCAAUCAACAAUAGUAGCUUUAUUUCUGGAGAAGGAUGUGUCGGCCUGGAAACUGGAUUCCACAUUCGAAUUGAGUUGCUGCCUUUAUAGUGGAGCAGUCUUGACAAUGUCAUUCGUGGGUCAAGCCUGGUGUGUCUCAGAGAGAGGCCCAAUCUUCACAGCCAUUUUCAACCCUCUUUGCACAGUCAUCACAGCCAUCUUUGCUGCCAUUUUCCUCCACGAGAAAGCCUACAUUGGAGAGUUGAUGGGAGCUGUGGCAGUGAUCAUGGGUUUGUACUUGGUGCUGUGGGGAAAAGCCAAGGAUUUGGAGAAGACAAAGAGUGAGAAGGAGAAGACAUCCAUAGGGCUUGUUCUCUUCACGAAAGCAGCUUUCACCGGUGGAAUGAGCCCCAGAGUACUUGUUGUUUACAGACAAGCCGUGGCCACCUUGAUCAUGGUCCCUGUGGCUUGCUUCUCAAGAAGAAGAAGGAGUAGUGGGGUGGUUUCAUUGACUAUGGGGAGCUUCUCUUGGAUAUUUGCCGCUGCUCUCUUCGGGGUGACGUUGAAUCAGAAUGCAUAUUUCGAAGGGAUCAAUCUGUCUAAUUCCACUAUCGCAAGUGCAAUGACCGAUCUCAUCCCAGCAAUCACUUUCACCCUAGCAGCAAUUUUGAGGAUGGAGAUGGUUAGCAUAAGAAGCUUGAGGAGUGGUGCCAAAUUUUUGGGGACUUUCGUCUGUGUUGGUGGAGCCAUGGCCAUGGCUUUCCUCAAGGGACCUAAGCUCUUGAAUGAAUCUUUCAUGGCUUCAUCUGACAAUAAGGACUGGUUUAUGGGAUGCCUUCUUCUGUUUGCAGCUAGCUUUUGCUGGUCUUUGUGGAUAAUUUUUCAGAUUCCAAUAGGAGCAACCUGUCCCGACCUUGUGUAUUCAUCAACCUGGUUGUGUUUCCUUGCUACUUUGCAAUCAGCAAUAGUAGCUUUGUUUCUGGAGAACGAUGUGUCAGCGUGGAAACUACAUUCCAUAUUUGAAUUGGGUUGUUGUCUUUACAGUGGAGCCGUCUUGAUAAUGUCAUUCGUGGGUCAAGCCUGGUGUGUCUCACAGAGAGGCCCAAUCUUCACAGCCAUUUCCAACCCUCUUUGCACAGUCACCACAGCCAUCUUUGCUGCCACUUUCCUCCACGAGAAAGUCUACACUGGAGAGCUGAUGGGAGCUGUAGCAGUGAUAAUGGGUCUGUACAUGGUGCUAUGGGGAAAAGCCAAGGAUUUGGGACAGAGUGAGAAGAAGAAGGAGAAGGACUCCAUAGGUGAUUUGGAAGAACCAUUUGUUACCAGUUCAAAUCAACCCUAA